GAGGGUCUCAUCACAGAACAGGAUGAGAGAGCUGAGCAGAUAAAACGUUUGACUCUCGCUAUGAGUCAUCGCUGACAUUUCCUCCGUUACCCCCUGACACAGAGCUCAGUCUGACACUCGGAGGGUCGCAGCCAACAUCGAAGAAGCAGCUUCUCACGAUGUUCUCCUCCUCCUUCUUCCAGAUGUUCUCCUGGCUGCUUGGCGUGUCUCUGCUGUGUGGACUUUCUCUGUCGUGCACUGAUCAACAGUAUUCUUGGCCCUCGAAGAUGCCCAGGCUGUGCUGUCCUAAAUGUGAACCAGGUACCAGCAUGGCCGGGCGCUCAGAGGACACCUGUGACAAAAAGUGUGAACCCUGCGAGGGGAACCAGUUCAUGGACUCCUACAAUGUGGAAAUGGACUGCAAUGACUGUAGAAAAUGCGACCAACCCAACAUGGAGGUGAAGACGAGGUGCAACUCCACUCAGGACACCGUGUGCUCGUGUUUACCCGGAUACAGAUGCACAGACGAGCCCUGCAGCAUGUGUGUCCCCAUACCGACCGCCGCCGACCCCACCGAGGCCCCGCCCACCACAGCCUCUACACCAGGACCUCUGACCACCCUGUUGGCUCAACGGGCACCAAUCAGAGACACGGUGUGGUUCCUGGCGAUCAUUGUCCUGCUGUGUGCAGGCAUCGCCGUGGCAGUAGUAACUAAGAUCAAGCCUAUCCUGCGCUGGUUCCGGUCCAGAUACGGAUACUUUCUGGCUGAAAAACCUGCAGCUCAGGACGAAGACAAUGUGUCCAAACCCGUCCAGGAGGUUUGUGGGAAAUGUGAGCAGCUGAUGGACAUUUGUGUUAAAGACUAAAGGAGAACAUUUGUGGAACAUUUGUG